AUGGCGUUCCGUGCUCCUCUGCGACUGCAAUUGGCCAAGUGCCAGCCGCUUCUGGCCGUCUCCUCGCGCGGCAACGCUCGUGCGGUGUCUUCUGCGACGGCCGCCUCGAGCCUCCCGGAGGACGUCAAGAGCAGCAUCACAAGCCAGGCCUCUUUACCGAACCCUGAUCCGACCGAAGACUCGGCGAGCGCCGCCCUCGUCCGCGAACAUGCGCCCUACAUGGUCGCCACUUAUGCCCGCCCGCCGCCCGUAUUCGUAAAAGGCCAGGGAUCUGUGCUCUGGGACAUCGAGAACAGGCAGUACCUCGACUUUACCGCCGGCAUCGCCGUCAACUCCCUCGGCCACUGCGACCCGGAGCUUACCAAGCUCUUGACCGAGCAGGGAAGCACCCUCAUGCACGCGUCGAACCUCUACUACAACCCCUGGACCGGCGCCCUCUCCAAGCUCUUGGUCGAGAAGACCCGUGAGGCUGGCGCCAUGCACGACGUCAACUCCGUCUUCAUCUGCAAUUCGGGCUCCGAGGCCAACGAGGCCGCUAUCAAGUUCGCCAGGAAGGCCGCCAAGGUCGGCCAGGCCUCGGGUGACAAGUACGAGAUCGUCUCGUUUAACAACGCUUUCCACGGCCGGACCAUGGGCAGCCUGUCAGCCACCCACAACCCCAAGUACCAGGAACCCUUUGCGCCGAUGCUUCCCGGCUUCAAGCUCGGCGCGUUCAACGACGUCGCGGCCAUUAACGACGUCGUCACGGACAAGACGUGCGGCGUCAUCGUCGAGCCCAUCCAGGGCGAGGGCGGCGUGACGCCCGCGACGGACGAGUUCCUCAUCGCCCUCGCCAGGCGCUGCCGCGAGGUCGGCGCCGUCCUCAUCUACGACGAGAUCCAGUGCGGCCUGUCGCGCACCGGCGCGUUCUGGGCGCACGCUCACCUGCCCAAGGAGGCACACCCGGACAUCAUCACCACCGCCAAGGCGCUCGGCAACGGCUUCCCCAUCGGCGCCACAAUCGUCAACGGCAACGUCUCGGACAAGAUCAAGGUGGGCGACCACGGCACCACCUUUGGCGGCAACCCCCUCGCCUGCCGCCUCGCCCACAACAUCGUCUCCCGCCUCGCCGACCCCGGUCUGCAGAAGGCUGUCGCCGCCAAGGCCGACAUCUUCAGGACCCGCUUCGACGCCCUGCGCGAGCGCUUCCCCGACCUGAUCAAGGAGGUCCGCGGCCGCGGCCUCAUCCUCGGCCUCCAGCUGACCCAGGACCCCGCACCCAUCGUCAAGGCCGCCCGCGAGCGCGGCCUGCUGGUCAUCACCGCCGGCACCAACACCCUGCGUUUCGUCCCACCUCUGACCAUCACGGAGCAGCAGAUCCAGCAGGGCUUGGACAUCUUGGAGGAGGCCAUCUCUGUCACCCGCUCAUGA